CCUUUCACUACCCAUUAGCAUACCGUUAGAGCAAUUCAGAAAUGUUUGGUAAUUCCGGUGGCAGUGGUUUUGGAAGUUCAAACGCCGGGGGUGGACUCUUUGGAGCCAAGUCCGCUAGCGUAAGUAAUUCAACACCAGGAUUCGGAACAUCAUCACAACAACAGGGAGGACUCUUUGGAAGUUCAACCAUAAAUAAUAAUUCUACCACUAGUGGAGGAUUAUUUGGCAGUAAUCAAAAUACUAAUGCCAAUGCAAAUACAACCAAUGCAUUUGGAAGCAAUCCAGCACAAACCUCAAACAAUCCCUCGGGAGGAUUAUUUGGCAAGCCUGCAGCUCCUCUGACAGGAUUGUUUGGUAAUAACCAAAGUACCAACAAUAAUUCAGGUGGAUUGUUUGGUAAGCCAGCCGCCCCCUCCGGUGGAUUGUUUGGAGCAUCAUCCAAUACCACUGGAAAUGCAUUUGGAGCACCAGCCACCAAUACUACGACUCAACCAGCUAAUGGUGGAUUAUUUGGUAGUGGUAAUUCUGCUGCAAGUGGAGGAUUAUUUGGAAACAAACCUGCAACAGGAACAGGACUCUUUGGGUCCAGCACUACACCUUCAGGAGGAUUGUUUGGAUCCCAAAACCAACAGCAACAACAACAGCAACAACAGCAGCAACAACAGCAGCAACAACAGCAGCAACAACAAAUUCAACAACAACAACAGCAGCAACAACCACAACAAUCCAGCUUAUUCGGAAAUAAUACCACAAACAAUUCACAACCCUCAUUUGGAUGGUCAACCAACCAAUCCCUGAAACCCGCUUUAAGUUCUUUCAAUUCCUUAAAUGGGAAUAACUCAAAUGGUACUAUCAAUACUACAUCUACCACCAAUAAUAUAAAUACAUAUACUCCUGCCAUUAAUGAUCAAUUAGAAAAGAUUAAAGAACAGUGGGACCCCAAUUCCGCCAAAUGUGUACUUAAGACUCAUUUCUAUAAUAAGUUCAAUGAUCAAGAAAUCCAGAUUUUAAUGAGUCAACCCAGACCUAAUAAUGAAACACCAGAAGAUUGGGAUAAUGCCAUGAGUAAAAGACCCAGUACCAAUCAUUAUCCUAUAAAGAUAACGUCCUUUUCAGAUGUUGCUCAAAGAAUAGAAACUCAAUUAGAUCAUGUAGCCAAAUCAAGAAUACUAUUAAAUAAUAUUAAUGAUAAACAAAAUGCUUUAUCAUCCAAACAUGAUUUAGAAAAUACAACAAGAGUAUUACGAGCUAGAGCUAGACAAAAGAAAUUAUCUCGAAGAUUAUUAAGAUUAGCUACGGUAUUGGCUAUAUUAAAAUUAAAGGGAUAUCCUUUAUUACCAGAAGAAGAAGAAAUCUCUAAAGAAUUUGAUGCCUUAUCAUCGAAAUUAAAUGAUCCUAAUAGUCCUAUAGGUAAGUUAAAUGAUGUAUUUGCCAGAUUAGCAAUAUUAAAGGAAAGAGCAGAAGAUUUGAACUUUCAAUUCGAUACUUCUUUAAAUGCCUUGAAUGGAAUAUCCACAGAAGAUGUUCAAGAUGUUAAAGCUGCUGAGCAAACCAAUACUGAAGAAAUCAUUAAGAAAUUAUCAGAAGUAUUAUUGAAACAACAAAUCGGACUCAAUUAUCUUAAUGAAGUAUUAGAGAAGGAUACAGAAACUGUCAGUAACUUGACAUCGUAAUAUAUAUUUAUAUACA